AUGGUGGCUAUCAAGUCUGUUUUCCUUCUUCUCGCGCUUGGCGUUGAGGCCUUGGCCGCAUCGAGUCCAUCGGCGACAUGCACCAGCAAGUACGGAACAGUUAGCAUCGCGUCUAACAAGAUUCCACGGGCCACCACCUCCGUUCAGACUAAGGUGACGGUCAUUCGAAAGGUCACCCGCAGAGUCACAGUUAUUGUCGUACCAAAGGCAAAGACCACCACUCAAAAGGUCACCGUCAAGUCCACGGUGACGGCCACAGCCAAUCCCAACGUCAAAGUUGCGACCAGCACGGUCACGGAUGAGCAAACAACUGUCCUAACACGAAAGUUCACUACGACCCUCGUCGCCACAUCAUUCACCACAACCACCAAGGUCACGACCAGCACAAUCUCUGCAGCACCCAGCUUCCAUCCCAUCAAAGAAUUUGGAGGCUAUGUGGCGAAGAAAGCUAAGCGUGGCGCGGUUGGUGACCUUCGCAUGGCUGUCGCCAAGUCCCAAUACGUCCAGCGAGUCGACUGCACGAAGCGAAUCCCCUACACUUCGAUCAAGACUACAACAACUGUCGUCCAGGGACCCCGAAAGACUGUCGCUGCAAAGACCAGUACCAAGGUUGUGACUACUACUCAGACAGAGACUUCAACAGAGUACCCUGAUGAUGUCACCAGAACGGUGACUGAGACUGUGUCCCCUACUGUUACUAGCUUUGUUUCGGUAACAGAUGUAUCCUCAUCUACAGAGACUGUGACCGUCGAGACAAUCAUUCCUGCUGCUGAACCAGUCUAUGCUGCCUGCGGUGCCAACAACAUGAUGGUCACCGCCAACGGUGGGCGCCCGGUACCAUAUGUCGACAUGACAGUCGGGUUCGGUGUCGCAUCAGUGGGAGCUGCACAGGGGGAUGCCUACAAAUGCUGCACCGCGUGUAUGCAGAACUCUCUCUGUUUCCUGUCUUUCCUGUCUGAUGGGGAUGGUUCAUGCACUCAUAUUACCACCAACACCAAUGUUUGUCCCAAUGGCCAGAUUCAAGUCGGUCAGUAUAAGUCGCAGGCAGGCGCUACUGAUACGUAUCACUGGAUGAAUGGCCCAUGUGGGUAUCUUAUUAAUGGCGGAGAUGUGUCUGGUAUUUAG